AUGCGCCGCGUGGCCGCAUGGCGUAAAGCCUCUGGCCGCUAUCGCGGGGCGGGUCUUGGGCGGCUGGAAGGGCCGCCUGUUGUCAGAGUGGACAUGGCGGCCCGCUGCUUCGGGGCCGUACUGGUAGCGCUGGGAGUGCUCAGGGUGUGCGCUGCCAGCUCCGGCCCCGGAGCAUGGUCGGAGGCUGGAGGGGAGGCAGAGCGGGAGGAACCGUGGGAUGGCGCGGUUUUCCGGCCACCCUCGCCCUUGGGCGCGGUGGGGAUGGCGCGCAGUUCCGGAGGCUCACAGCCGGCGGAGGUGGCGGCGGACUUGCCGGUGUUGCUGUGGUGGAGCCCAGGGCUGUUCCCCCACUUCCCGGGGGACUCGGAGCGCAUCGAGUGUGCGCGCGGCGCGUGCGUGGCGUCCCGGGACCGGAGGAUGCGGGGAGACGUGCGGACUCGUGCGCUGCUCUUCUACGGCACUGAUUUCCGCGCUUCUGAGGCGCCGCUUCCGCGCUUGGCGCACCAGAGCUGGGCACUCCUGCACGAAGAGUCGCCCCUCAACAACUUUUUGCUGAGCCAUGGCCCGGGCAUCCGCCUCUUCAAUCUUACCGCCACCUUCAGCCGCCACUCGGACUACCCGCUGCCGCUGCAGUGGCUGCCUGGGACAGACUACCUGCGCCGUGUGGCACUGCCGCUGCAGGAGCGCAACGAGUGGCGGCGCCGGGGCUACGCCCCGCUGCUCUACCUGCAGUCCCAUUGCGACGUGCCAGCAGACCGGGACCGCUACGUGCGCGAGCUGAUGCGCUACAUCCCGGUGGACUCCUACGGAAAAUGCCUGCAGAAUCGGGAGCUGCCCACCGCCCGGUUACAGGACACAGCCACAGCCACCACCGAGGAUCCAGACCUGCUGGCCUUUCUGUCCCGCUAUAAGUUCCACCUGGCUCUCGAAAACGCCAUCUGCAACGACUACAUGACAGAGAAGCUGUGGCGUCCCCUGCACCUGGGGGCGGUGCCCGUGUACCGUGGCUCUCCGUCCGUAAGGGACUGGAUGCCCAACAAUCAGUCCAUCAUCCUGAUUGAUGACUUCGAGUCUCCUCAGAAACUGGCAGAAUUUAUUGACUUUCUGGACAGGAACGACACGGAAUAUAUGAAGUACCUGGCAUACAAGCAGCCAGGGGGCAUCACCAACCAGUUCCUCCUGGAGACUCUGAAGAAGCGAGAAUGGGGUGUGAACGACCCUCUGCUGCCCAACUACCUCAGUGGCUUCGAGUGUUUCGUCUGUGACCAUGAACUGACUCGGUUACACACCGAGAGAGCCCACACGGCCUCUCCUGGGGACAGCCCUGUCCCUGAACCUCACAUAGCCCAGCCCGCACACAUGGACUGCCCCAUGCCCACCCCGGGCUUUGGCAGAGUGGAGGAGAUUCCGGACAAUGACAGCUGGAAGGAGAUGUGGCUGCAAGAUUACUGGCAAGGUCUGGACCAGGGGGAAGCUCUCACUGCCAUGAUCCACAACAAUGAAACGCAGCAGAGCAAGUUCUGGGAUUACCUGCAUGAGGUCUUCAUGAAAAGGAACCGGCAUCUUUAGUUGCCUUCGAGCCUUUCACUUGUCAAGCUAAGGAAAUGUUGUUCCAUCAGGGGGCAGAGAAUCUACUUUUACAAGCUCUUGAGGAACACCGCAUUGUCAUAGAUUCAAGAUGAGCGCCAUCUUCACCAUGUGUCUGGGGUAGACAGCCCUGCUCGAGGAGAGCUGAAGGCGUCCAGUUCCUUGAGCCCGUGCGAUGCUCACUUCUCUCACUGUGCCAUCUUCCGGAUUGUACUUGACAGCCAAAGGUGAGAUGGGCCAAAUGGUGACAUAAGAAUUCUCCCUUGUGUCCCUCAAGUUCCUUAGGAGGUGGUGCCUUUCUCAGUUAGCGCUUUUGCUCUGCACUUGCUGUAUGAAUGGUGGUGUGAGUAGAAAUGCAAAGCUGCUGGUCUGUUUUAUUUCGUAAAAUCAUUUAUCCUGUCAUUCAUGGUAACAUCUUGUACUUUAAAUGCCUUUUCCUUUUCUGGUUUUGGGCCCUUCUCUACAAUUUCAGAUGUCACUGGUUUGUUUCUUAUGUAGCCUGUCAUUAGAAUUUGUUCCCAUCUCGGGAACAGAAAGAUUCAGUGGCUGAUAGCUGCCAUGGUGACUUCCUGAACUUUUUUAUCUUUGAUCAAAGAGAGAUACUAAGACUGGAAAUUGUGGCAGAAAAAGUCAAAUAAUCCCUUGUUUACUUUAUAACUGAUUUUCUUCCAUCAGCUUUUAGAACUGACACUUUCUAAUGGAGCCCAUUGAAAGCUCUAAAUUCAAAGGAACAAGGAGACAAAGGGAUUCAAGGCCACAGCAAGUGGCUGGCGAAAUACAAAUCCUCGGAGUUGGAGAUGCAACCAAAUCCUUCUGCCGCUCUGGUUGGAACCCAUAGUGUAAAGAGCAGGGACACCAGGAACUCUAUUUGGGGCUGUGGAACAAGAAAGGUAGAAUGACUCUGGUUGUUUCUGAAUACCACACAGAAGUUUUGUAGCCAUCAGAACACCUGACUAAUUUAACAAUGUCUCCAUAGAUGUUCCUUAAAUUUUUCAGUGAGGGCCUACAUGCUUAGUAAUGUGAAAUCUGAAGAGAAGGACAUGAAACAUUGUAACUGUUAACAUCCUUUUUAAUGGCAGGGAAUAUCCGCAUUACCUAUUUAGCUUUUUGCAGAAAAGAACAAGUGGGAAAGGCAGAUCUUCCAAACUCCCGCUGGUAAAAUGUGAUACAACAGAUAAUCAAAACAGAAGUCAAAUGUGAGGACUCUGAUUUCUAAGCUUGUAGUCUGUUUAAAUGUAGAUGCCAAUAUAGAGCCAAGUACAUAUUACGCAAGUGCAAACCUAGGUUAAGACUCAAUUAUGUGCACACAUUGCACUUCAAUAUAUGCAUUACAUGGGUAAGUGAUGGUUAUACAAGUGCAGAAUUAUCCUUACCUAUCCGUGUAAUUAUACUACUCACAUUGGCAUUCAGCACUUGGAUGGAGUGGGCCAGCUGUUGAUGAAUGAUAGUUCCUGGAGACUCAGGCUGCUUUGUGCUAAUUGCUUCACAGAUUCUUUUACUUGCUCACCUGUUAAGUUUCCACAGAAGAGCAGGAUAAGCUAGGUGCUACAUUUCUGCGAAGGAAAGCACUUGUGGAACCAGGACCUAUCAACUAAAAGCAUCACUUUUCUUACAAAGAAAGCAACCAAAGUUAAGCUUUGCUUGUUUUAGGGCCCAGCCUAUUCUGUGUGCAGGAACAAGUUGACUUACUUCAGGCUGUUAUUGGUAGUGGAAAUGGUACUCACAGAAAUCUUCUUUUAUUUACACUAGUGGAGCUGGUGGCUAUGCCCCUUUGUUACGAAUAGUAUUGCUGUUUUCUACUAUCUCAGUUCUUUUUUUUUAAAUUUUGCUUUUGAUGAUAAUUGAUUAGAGUGGGAAGGGUCAAAGAUUAGGGGAAAGUGAGCGACACCAUUAUUUCCAAAUUUUCUUUUUCUUCUUCCUGUAUCUUGGGGAAGCGGAUACCCAGCCUCUCAACCGCAUUGGUACCCAGAGAUGGUAAAUAGCUACCCAGUGUCAUCACAGGGUCCCCAAUGUGGAGCAUGUUCUGAGGGUUCUGCCCAAGUGGUUUUGAAAAUUCUGAAAUACUGUUAAUCUCGCUGAUCUGAGGAUGAAGAAAUUCUUCCAAGGUCCAUUGGCUGAUAUAGUUCACCUUAGAGUCUCCAUUCACCCAGAUAUUUGCUGUCAGUGCUUGGGUGGGGUAGUUGACCAAUUUGUUAUGCCUUCCUUCCUCUGCUCUGGUUUAGGUUUCAUUUUAUACAAUAAACUGCUUUU